GACAUCUAUGACGUCAUCAUUUAAUAGUUAUCCCGCCAACAAUGAUGACAGGCUGAAUUUCUUUCAAAAAUGAACGCAAAGCUUUUUAAAAAGCUUGAAACGUGUAAUGCGGAACAGAACUGGGAAUAUGUGCGAGAUAUUGUCACAAUUCAGCUAAUGGGAGACAACGUGUUUCCGGUUCCAUAUUUGAGAGAGGCGACAUGCUUUGAUAUAGGACAUGUGAUUCUGAAGGGCAAGCGUUCAAAGCUCGAGAAACUUACUGGUGUAAUGACGUCAUCACUUCCGGUCGGACAGCUGUCAGAUUUUGUUUCUGUCGACAGAGAUCGAGAAUUUAUGCAAAAGUUGGGAAAUAUCAGGAAAGACACCGAUCUUCGACUAAACCAGGCGUACGAGUUUCACGAAUCCGACAUGAAGCAUGGCGUGAAGAAGACGCUCACAGUUCAACUCUGGGGCUGCGAAAAAUGGUCGCUGGAGUUUGCGCCAAAACCCGGAGAACUGUUAAUAGAUCUCCAAAGAAAAGGGUAUAAGAACAUUGACCGGAUAUACCUUAUUACGGAAGUGUAUUACGUCAGUGACGUCAAAAUCAAUUUGACCAUAGGAAACGAAGACGAUGAGUAUAUAAUAAAAGGUCAGAUUCCUAUUGGAUUUACCUUGGUCCGCUACCAUGUACUCCCCGACGGUACACUGGGACCGUGUAAACAGAAGAAGCCAACCUCAUGGUCCGCAAAGUGGAUAAGAAAUGUUGUCCGGGAAGCGGAUGGAUCUCUAGUCACGAAUAUUUUUCAGGAAGCUAAUACUAGCCAGGAAAGUAACGUUGGUUCAAGGGAGGCUUCAAAAUAAAGAAUGCAGUUCUGUGAUAAACUUUCGUAAAAUAUUAUCAUCAAUAAAGUUGUUUAAAAUUCAAA